AUGAUACAGAAUUCAGUUGUUGUUUUAAAUAACACAUACAAAGAUUCAUCAAAUUCAGAUACAGACCAACAGUUUUUAUUAGAGGAUGAAAAAAGUUCACCUUUAAAUAAUAAUCCUGUUAUAACAUUAUGGAGACCUUUUAAAAAACCACUUGGUCCCCAACCACAAACAAACUAUUUUAAAAUGACUGCAAAUAUAACAACACCUGAUAAUAUUAAUAUUAAUAAUAAUAAUAAUAAUAAUUUAAAUAAUGAUGAAAAAGAAAAAGAAAAAGAAAAUAAAGAUAUAGAAAAAGAUGAAAAAGAAAUAGAAAAUGAAGAGAAAGAAAUUGAUAACGACAAUAAUAAUACAGAAAAAUUACCAAUACAUAAAAGAUUUUUAAAUUUGGUUAAAGGAUUUACUUUUUCGACAUGGGUAAAGAUUAUAAUUUUUGUACUUAUGGCUACAACUAUAUUGGUUGUAGUAUUCAAGUUUAAAAUUCAAGAUCAUUUAUUUACAUAUAUGGAAAAACUACAAACAUUUAUCAAGGAUCACAACCACGGCAAUGUAAUUGGUGGUUUUAUUUUUAUGGGCGGUUUUGCUUUGCUAAUUAUAUUUUUAAUACCGGUCACUAUACCAACCAUAGUGGGUGGUGUAAUAUUUGGAUUUUGGUAUGGACUUUUGUUUGUUUGGAGUGCUUCGAUGGUUGGCGGAUCAAUAUCGUUUUUAUUAGGAAGAUUUGUAUUUAGAAAGAGAAUUAGAGGUUGGAUUUCAACCAGACCCAAAAUGAAGGCUGUUGAUGAAGCAGUUGGCAAAGAAAGUUGGAAAUUAGUAUUGUUAUUAAGACUAACACCCAUCGUACCAGAGUCCAUUUUAAACUAUGCUUUAGCUGUAAAUAAAAAAUUGGAUCAACAAAUUCAAGACCAAGAUAAAAAAGACAAUAGUAAUGCUGCCGAUAAAAACGAUGAAACUGUUAUAGAUAUUGAAAAAGAAAAAUUAAAGCAAAAACCAUUGGAUAUAAAUAAUAAAGCUCAAGUAGAAAUUAAUGUUUAUAACAAUAAUAACGAUGGCCAAAGCUCAGUUAAUAGUAGUUAUAACAAUAACAACAAUAAUUUUGAAGAAUAUGACAACGAUAAUAGUGAUGAAAGAGCGUCAUUAUUAGGUAACAUCAACAAUAGCGACGAUAUCAGCAGUAGUAGCAACAGUGGUCAAAGCAGUUUUAGAAGAAUAAUGCUCUGGUGGCUUACUCCCAAAAAACAACAACAAACCGUAUUGGUUAAUUGA